UUGUUUCGGUACAUCCGCACCUAUUGAUAAACUUUUAUUUUGCUUGUUUCAAUAACGUCCGUAAUUGAUUGCCUAAGUAUUUUGCGGAAUAAUUCCCGUUCUUUUAAUAAGUGAUUGCCAAUAUGUCGGCCAAAAGAGCUGGAGGUAGGGUUGGUGGAAAAUUCCGAAUGUCUCUUGCCCUCCCGGUUGGAGCAGUCAUGAACUGUGCAGACAAUACUGGAGCAAAGAACAUGUUUGUAAUUGCUGUUAGCGGAAUAAAGGGAAGACUUAAUCGUCUACCCUCUGCUACAUGUGGAGAUAUGUUUGUUACUUCCAUCAAAAAAGGAAAGCCAGAACUUAGAAAAAAAGUUAUGCUUGGAGUAGUUAUAAGACAAAGAAAACCAUUUCGCAGAAAGAACGGUGUUUUUAUCUAUUUUGAAGAUAAUGCUGGUGUUAUUGUUAAUAACAAAGGUGAAAUGAAAGGAUCAGCAAUCACUGGACCAGUUGCGAAAGAAUGCGCCGAAUUAUGGCCAAGAAUAGCUUCUAACGCUGGCACUAUUCAAUAAAAUUAAAUCUCCUA